AUGUUGGUGUCGGAUUCUGAAACUGAGUCCGAUGAUAACCUUAACAAUGUUGCUGUUGCUGUUACCGUUGCUAAUGCAGAUGGUGGAGCAAGGGAAGAAGAAGGGAAAAAGUCUCUUUCAGCUCACAAAGUUGGUAGAAAAUUCAACACCAAACAGAGUCUUGAUCCAGACGCUUUGUUAGAAGUUGCAAGGGAGUAUCAAAAGCAGAUGGAGAAAAAGCCUGUUCCAACACAUCGUUUAAACCACGACAUCGUGGUUGUGAACUGGAAAGGUUUGGGGAAAACCUUGAAGACAUUGUACGGGGAACCAUUACAUUAUCUGACACAAAAUGUUUGUAAAGAAUGGGACAAGUCAAGGUUUGGAAGUGAAAACGAAGAGAAGCCAUUGAAUGUAAUUUUGAGUUGGCGUGAGGCUGAAGACACUGUUUGGAAAGUUGAAGCAGUUCAUAGACUUUGCACUUCCCCUGUUCAUCUUGCUAUGCUUUGGCUUCAUGACCCAGAAUACCAUGUUUUUCUUGAUGAAGUUGUUUCAACCCCUUCGACUUCAACAAAAUAG